AUGGAGAAACGGAGGCGAAGGCGUUCAGAGUUAGAAGAUAUUCCCAACUUGUACCACGAUAUACAAUCGCGGUUGCCGGUAGAAGAAGCCGCCCGUACAAGCGUCUUGUCUAAGUCAUGGCUGCAUACUUGGUCUACCAUCCCUAUCAUCCGGUUUCCUCUAACACCAGCAAUAUUGGUUGACAAGGAAGAAGAUAAAGAAAAAGUAAAGCCGAUGGAGGAGCUGGUCGAUCGCACUCUGAAACGAUAUCUCCGUGACAACAUACCAAUAGAAAUCGUUGACCUUAUCAUCGACAUGACGAAUCAGGAGUCGGCUUCUCUUGCUGAAAAAUGGAUCAGGCUCAUGGCAACCAAAAGUAGCACACUGAAACAGCUUUCCCUUAGAAUCUGCAUUAGCAGUGACUACUCGGUUACUUUGCCAGCAGAGAUACUCUCCUCCGGUCGUAACCUAACCGAUUUAGAAAUUUCAUGUUCUUCCUCAAUUGGGUUGCAGAUGAUGAAUCCCUUUUCGAUGACUAGCCAUCCUGUGAUCAUCAACUGUGUGUGCCUUCGACGACUACAAUUGAAGAAUGUGCACAUAAUUGAAGAGGUACUUGAUGACAUAUUUUCUAUUUGUAGGUUGCUUGUGAGCGUAGAGCUUUCAUGUUGCACGGGCUUCAGGAGAGUCAAGGUUCAAAACCUUCAUCGUCUUAACCAAUUCAGAAUAAAUUCAGCAGGUAAACGAAACCCCGUUGUGCUGGAAAUCAAUGAUGUCCCAAAUAUUCGUUUGUUUAAUCUUGAAGGGAACACUCUUCUUCCAUCCAUGGAUUCACUAGGAAGCGUGACGACAUUAUGGUUAGCUGGUAUGAUCGUGGACGAUGCUUUUUUGCAUAUUAUCAAAUCUAAAUUUCCUUUUCUCGAGAGUUUGACCCUUGAUAUGAAAUUGUCGAAGGUGGAAAGCUUCGAUAUCACAUGUGCUUCAAUGAAGAGAUUGUCGUUGCUGUGGUGUCCACAUAUGCUCAUCGACGUAAAAGUUUACGCUCCAAAAUUAGUUUUUUUCUAUUUUUCUGGCGAGACGACAAUGCCUCGUCUCUUGUUUCCAGAAAUUGUUCUCGAGGAAAUCCAGAUUGAACUUUCUCUGAUCAGGCGUCCCAUGGAUAAUUCUUUUUUUCUUAAGAUGAGGGAAGCUUUCACGUUAUCAAGAAAGUGUGACAUUCAAAUUCAAAUACAUGGUAUAUUAGCAUCGGACAUCAACCUCGACCUCGAUGAUCAAAGAAGAAGAGUUCCGUUUCCGGCUAUGAACGUGCAACGGGUGUCGCUUAGAACUUUUUCAGAUGAUGGCUUGUGGCGCGAUAGCUCUCCAUUUUUUGAUGCGUUCUUUAUGAUUUGCCAUCCAAAGCAUGUAGAAGAUCAGUCCUUGAAUAACAACAGUCACUUUUGCAAGCUGAUGAUGUUGGAGAAGAAAACCAGAAAGGGGUAUUGGGGUGAUUACCUGAAAGAUGUUGAAAUAAGACGUCAAUGUCUUGGUGAUGAAAAAUGGGAAACCCUAACAAAUUCUUGGAGAAGCUUUCUAGACCGAUCGGUGGAGGAGUGGUCCGGCGUUGAGUUCAAACUAUAUUGGCAUUCAGUUAAAUGA